GUGCCCCCACUCCAUAAUGGCCACUAAAUUUUCCUUGGCUUUGGCCUUUUGAAGCAUCUAUUAAACUGAGGCGUGCGACACACUUAAAUGCAAUUGAAUCGAUCCCUAUAGAAAAUGGCCGGGUAGUUUAGGGAGAAAUCGAAGCUUACUAUUUCAUUUUGAUACAGAUGUGAUGGGAGAGAGAGAAGCAUACUCUGAGUCUGAGAUUGCAGAAUUUUGAGAGCUUUGAAGAAGGCAAUCCCUACUCUGCAGGGUCGAUACAAUGCCGGUUCCUCUCGCUCCAUAUCCGACUCCUCCAACGACACCUUAUACUCCUCCGCCUGUGAAUGGUACACAGAGCCAGCUUGUCUGUUCUGGGUGUAGGAAUCUCUUGCUUUAUCCGGCAGGAGCGACCUCCGUUUGCUGUGCAGUUUGCAAUGCGGUCACUGCAGUUCCUCCUCCAGGCACCGAAAUGGCCCAGUUGGUAUGCGGAGGCUGCCACACCUUACUCAUGUACAUCCGAGGAGCGACAAGCGUACAGUGCUCCUGUUGUCACACAGUCAACCUAGCCUUGGAAGCAAAUCAGGUGGCACACGUCAACUGCGGGAAUUGCAGGAUGCUCCUGAUGUACCAAUAUGGCGCACGGUCGGUCAAAUGCGCUGUUUGCAAUUUUGUUACAUCAGUUGGUGCUUCGUCAAGCACACUGGAACAGAAGUUCACCAGCUAGAAUUAGCAAUAAACCUACCGGUCACAGGCCUCACAACUCAUGGUUAUAAGACUUCUAUUCUACUGCCGCUGCCGCCGCCACUGCACAUCAGCGUCAUGAACGCAAGCAGAGAAAAUCCCUACUAGUUUAACUUGUAUAGAGUUAAAAUCUUUUUUCCUCGCCGCGUGACCUUUCAAUGAAUAAGCAGUUUUCAGGUUUUGGCAGGUUUGGGCGUAUGAGUCUAGCACUUGUAAUGAUAGUGACUCUCUCUCUUUCUGCUGUCAAUGCAUUUGGAUAAGGAGAGGGAAAAGGGAGAAGAACUUCGCUUUCCAA